AUGGCGGCGGCGGCGGCGCGUGCGGGCCGUGCCGGCCGCCCUCCCCGCCUGGUGGCCGUCAGCAAGACCAAGCCUGCGGAGGCUGUGCGGGAGGCGUAUGAGGCAGGUCACCGCGUGUUUGGGGAGAACUAUGUUCAGGAGUUGGCGGACAAGGCGCCCUUGCUGCCACAGGACUGCGCCUGGCACUUCAUCGGCCACCUCCAGUCCAACAAGGUGAAGGCCCUGCUUGAGGCGGUGCCCAACCUGGCCUUGCUGGAGACAGUGGACAGCGCCAAGCUGGCCAGCAAGCUGGACAGCACGGUGGCGUCUCUGGGGCGGCCGCCGCUGGCGGUCUUUGUGCAGGUCAACACGAGCGGGGAGGAAAGCAAGUAUGGGGUGGAGCCGCAGGACUGCCUGGCGCUGGCCCGCCACAUCCACGAGCAGUGCCCGCACCUGCGGCUGGCGGGGCUGAUGACGAUAGGCAUGCCAGACUACACCUCGCGGCCCGAGAACUUCCGGUGCCUGGCAGACUGCCGGCGGGCGGUGUGUGCCGCGCUGGGGCUGCAGGAAGGCGACCUGGAGCUCAGCAUGGGCAUGAGCGGCGACUUUGAGGCGGCGAUUGAGAUGGGCAGCACAAACGUGCGGGUGGGCAGCACCAUCUUUGGCGCGCGGCAGUACCCUGCCAAGGCCUGA